GAAAUUACUCACCUAAGUGGCUGUUAAUCUAGCUUACAUCUUCAAAAAAGUUUGUAAAAUGUUCCAGACUUUGAAAUUUUUUGUCAUAUAUCUCAAUAUUCCUUCAUAUACUAAUACAUCACCAACUAAUCAUGAUGGAAGAACACUUCACAACUUCGAGCAAAAAGUAGAAAAGGAGAUAUUGCCUUUCAAUGAAGUAAUACAAUUCUUGGAGCAACCUCCCACAAGAAUACCUGCAAUCGUUUUUUUGAAACACGGAAUCCAGUUGAAAUCCAAAUUGGAAAUGCUUGCUAGGGAAUCAAUCAACGUUGAAUGUGAAGUGAAUCAGCUUCGUAAGGAGAUAGGAGGUCUUAAAGCCCAAAAGGACAAAGCAGACAUGUAUCAGCUAAUUCUUGGACUCACAUCUAGAGUUGACACCUUAGAAAAGCUCUUAGCCCCAGGUGAGGAGUUGAAAGGAAAGCGCAGCGAGAGAUGGAUGCAGAUUUUUUCCAAGCAUACUCCAGCAGUAGAAAAUGUUCGUAGAAAAGUACAUGCUGCUGGAAUGACUGAAAUCUCAUUUGCUGAACAAGUGGAACGUUUAAUUCAAGAACGAAACAAUCUUGCCGGCCAUGCAAACGUUCCAUUACCACGUUUGGUGAAAGAAAAAACGAUUGAAGGAGCACUUAAUAUAAUGGAAAUUACUGAAGAUAUCAAAGCUGUUGAAACGUUAAAAAUUUUAAUAGCUCCGGUGAAAGGUUUAGACUUAUGGCCGAGAAAAAGACGUAUUAAUUAGUAGCUAUGAAAUGACUCUCCAAAAGUAUUAAUAAGUAUCGAUACGUAAAGUCCUGCGUUUGAGAUAACACAAACGGAAAACAAUAAUAUAACGUUACGUAACACUCAAAAUUCAAUUUCAGAUUAAGUAUAUUGUAAGCUUUUUUAAUAGGGCCAGACAGGUAGACAGACAACCUUCACUUAGCCAUACUGAAGGGUCAAUGACCUAAAGAGGCCAGACAGGCAACCUUGAACGGCCAGGCAGGUAGGUCAGUGACCUUGAGAGUCCAGACAGAUGGGCCAAUUACCUUAGGAAGCUGGACAAACGACCUUGGGAUGCCAGACAGGAACGCAGACAACCUUGAGAGGCUAGACAAGUACAUAGGUCAGUGACCUUAAGAAGACACCAUGACGGGUCAAUGACAUGACCUAAGGAUAUUAAAAGCCAUUGAUCUUGAGAGGUCCUAUAGAAGAAAAUACGACCUUGAGUGUGAAGACAGAAGGGUCAAUGACCCUCAGAGGCCAGACAGACAACCUUGGGAAGCCAGACAUGUCCUAAGGGUCAUUCCAUGUCAACUCAACCAAAAAAUGCGAUUUUGAAAAUCAUGUCUUUUGAUUUAACUCAAAUUUUUUUUACAAUGUCUACCAACCCAAUAAAAUAAGUAAGAAACUCCGCAAUUAGUUUGGUCCCAGCUCCCCAGAGGAUGGGUGAGGGGGCUCUAAUUAUUUUCACAUUGUCUCGAGGUAUUCAACUUCAGUAGCGCAUACCUCCAAAGCUACGAUACAUUCAUUAAAACUAAUUCCACAGUUCGAAAGAGCAUUGCAUUUUGAACUUUUUAAGCAUUUGAAAUUUUCAAAAGUAGGACCCUGAGAAGCAGUAAGGUGCGAAAAGAAACAAGAUUGAAGGUGUACAAUACCCUAGCAAUACCAAUGAUGACUUAUGGAAGCGAGGUUUGGGCACUGAAGAAAUCUGAUAAAAGAAGAAUAGCGGCAGCUGAGAUGAAGUUCAUGAGGAGAACGGCAGGGGUGACUCUCAGAGACAGAGUCCCAUCUGAGAAAAUAACAGCAGAUCUCGGAGUGAUGCCAGUCAUGAAAAAGAUAAAAAAGUAUAGGAAAGAUUGGAGAAAUCAUGUCAAAAGGAUGGAGGAAACAAGAUCACCAAAACAGGUCCUCCAAUAUACACCAACGGGGAAAAGAAGCAGAGGGAGACCAAGGAGGAAACUCACUGAUACCUCAGGCUCAUCCUCAACAGGUUCCACACCACAGCAGACAGGCCAAUAGGCCUACCGCUUAUAAGGAAACGACGACGACGACGAAAGUUGAAAUUUCAAAAUGGUGGUGUAAGUGGGAGUUACCAUUUAAAAUUCUGAAAAAAUUUCCAUUGAUGUGCCUUUUGAUGCUUUUUCAAAAUAUUCAAUUUUCGAGAUGAGAUCUUAUAAUGGAGGGGGAGCACCCCUACCCCAAAUUUGGGCAAACCUUUCAAAAAAAUAUCUGGGGCAUGUGAUAUAUCGGAUUGUAUGUUUUCGGUGACGCUGAACACGAAUAUGAAGUUGGAUUUUUGAUUGGACUCCAUCCACGCACCACAGCGCCUCUCCAAAUGAGGUAAAAUUUCAAAAAAGUGAUUUGUUCUUGCGACACAUGAAAUAGUAUGUUUUUGGUGACGAUGAACACGAAUAUGAAGUCAGGUUUUUGAUUGGAGCUCAUCCACGGCCCCCAGCACCUCCCCAAAGGGUAUAACAGUAGGUUAAAAAAAUGGUUCAUUCGUGUGACACAUGAAAAUAGUAGAUAUGUUUUCGAUAUCGUUGAAUACGAAUAUAGACUUGGUUUUUUAAAUUUACCUCGCCCAUGGCCUCCAGAACCUGCCACAAUGGGUUAAAGUGCAAAAAAUUUGUUUCAUUUGUGUUGGGGCCGUGUAUGGGGUCCAAUCAAAAAUCAAUUUUAAAAAUGUCAAAUUUCCAAAAAAUUGUCAAUUUUUGCAGCAGAUUGCUCAAAACUUUGGCCAACUCCUAAACUUGACCCUCCGAAUCAAUUUUCACCAUUUUUGGGCCGAUCUCCAUGGAACCUUAAACAGAAGUUGGCUUUUCUCCAGCAAAUGGCGUUUUAAUCAACUUCGACAGCUGAAAAUUUGAUUCUGAGGUCUAGGGGCUGGUCAAGGUAAAAAUGGUAAAAUGCUCUUUCAAUAAGCCACAUUUCAGCUCGAUCGGAGUUGACGAGUUGUAGAGGUUACUCUGUAACGAAAAUCAACAUCUCUCUGGAAACUUCUGAGCAGCAGAAAAAGCACAAAAUUUAGUUUGAAAAGACUGGUGUUCGGUAAGAAACAAAUUUUCGUAAAUAGUCUAGGUAGGUAAUGAGUACUCUGUUCUAGUUCGGAAAUAUCAAAUUCAUGUUUUUAAAAAUCCCAUAUUUGGAACCGUUGUAGUAUUUCAGAAUCACCUAAUUCUUUGGAAGAGUCUAAGAAAUAUUUUGGUACUUGCUCAAUACGAGUAGCAUUAGGGGGGGAGGAGGAGGGGGUGCGAUGUUUCCGAAGAAACUGAAGUUGAGCACUCAAUUGGCCAAUUCUCAAUCAUAUUUGUAUAAAAAUAUUCAGAUACUUACCUUACCCAACAAUUUUGACAUUACCAAACGUUGCGGGGAAAAAAUUUCUGGGUUCUUGAAUUUCUAUAAUAGGAAAAAAUAUGCCAAAACAACAUUUUUUGCUGGUUGUGGUUGUUUUAUACAGUUUGACAGAUUCAGCGGUUCAAUUACUAUUAUUUUUUUCUUGUAAAGCUCUUGAAAGCUUUUUUUGAAAACUGGUUCCUCAAUCUGAAUUGAUGGGGCAAUUUUUUAUAAAAUAUUCUUGGGGUAAAUUUUAUGGGGGAGGGAAUAGGCACUCGUAACCAAUGAUUUACUUUUCUUAUAGUUUCCAAUCAUUGAAUUUUUUGUUUAUUCUUUUGCGAGAGUUUCAUUCGUGAAAACUCAACUUCAACCCUCUGUAAAUAACUGUUUUCAUAAAAAACAGUACAUCAUGCACCUACUUCCAAUUAUUGCCUCCAUAGAAAUUCAUACACAAAUAGGUAAACGCUGGCCGUCCAAUGUACGACUGAAAGAAUUAUAUUAUAUGUAUAUGUACCACUGGCGAAAGAAAAACAGGCAAGAGAUUUUGUCCCAAACCCUCAGUGCGAGCUGUUCAUAGAAUAUGCAUUAAUUCGAUUUACAUAAUAUCUAGCAUGUUUGGAAAACGUGAAAUUUCCAUUCGGCAAGAGGAAAAAAUAAUCCCAAUAAUCUUGACGCUUCCUCUGGUUGUAUAUCAAUAUCUACGAAUGAAGUUUCGAAUUAAUAACGCAUUCUGUAUCACUUCUUUUAUCGGGUCACCACUUCGCCAGCGCCAGGAAUGAAACGUAAUAUUUAAGGGGCUACGAUAUGCAAUUUUAUUAACACGUGUUUUCAGUUCAAUAAGCACAGUGUAUUUUAUCAACACCUGUGUAUUCACACUUUUUUGUUUUGUUUCGUGCGUAUUCGUAUAGUAGAUCUUUCAGAGCCUAGAAUUAGAAAACUUCGAUUCGUU